GGCCGAGCAGAAAGCACGGAUAAACGGAUACGGAUUGGAGAUGGUGCUGCUGGACGAGUUCUGUGUGAAGGUGUACUUCUGGCCAUUCCUGUCCUACCUGGCCAGCAUGAAGGGCUGGUGUCCGCUGUAUCCGCCAGGUUACUAUCCCAUCUACGCCCUGCCGCCGCCGCUGCAGCCGCUCCAGCCGAUUGGUCCACUAAUACCGAACCAACCCGCUCUUCCGUCCACACCUGCAGUGAUACCGACGUUCCAGCCCACGCCGCCAAAUCCCCAGCCGCCGCCGGUGACGCCACCACUGAUCACGACCACGAGUAGUACCACCAGUACUACUACUACUUCUACUACCAGCAGCACAACCUCCUCCACCACGGGAUUGACCACCCUGAGCACCGCUGGCACCACUCUGCCCGUGCCGGUGCCAGUGCCCACGUGUCCGUCGCAGCCCUUGGUUUGCCUGCCCGGCGGAGCACGUCCGCUGCCCAACUGCCCCUGCAUCGAUCCUCGCCAGCAGCAGAACACCCCGCUGGGCUCCUCCACGGGACCUCAGAUCGGUUCGGACAUGAUGGUUUUCAUGCCGCUGAAUGGCGGACGCCGGCGACGUCGUCGCCGUAAACCCCAAUCCUGCCAAGAUGCCAGAUCCCGGCCUGGAAACUGCCUGCCCCUCACCUCCUGCCCCCAGCUCAUGGAGGAGUAUCAGGGUCAGGGGCAGGGGCAGGGCAACGAGUUCCACACCUUUCUGGGCCAGUCCAUAUGUAGCUUCGAUGGCUCCACUUUCAUGGUAUGCUGUGCCUCGGAUCGAAGUGGUAAUGCCAGGAGCAGGAAGGAUCUGCUGCUGACCACCACUGCACCCUUUGGCUUCUUUCAUUUCUCACCGCUAAGUGGUGGCCCCACUGUCACUCCCAUGGUUUUCCAGCCAACUCCGCCCCUAAAUCCGGUGGUGAGCCCCAGUUUUAAUCCACCUCCUCCUCCUCCAGCACCACAGAAUACUCCACGAUUGGCUACUGUUUGUGGCAUUAGUGGUGCCACUUCCAAUCGGGUGGUGGGUGGAAUGGAAGCCAGGAGAGGAGCCUAUCCCUGGAUAGCUGCCUUGGGUUACUUUGAGGAGUCCAAUCGGAAUGCACUUAAGUUUCUCUGCGGUGGCAGUUUGAUCCAUUCGCAUUAUGUCGUCACCUCGGCGCACUGCAUCAAUCCGAUGUUGACUUUGGUUAGAUUGGGAGCUCAUGACCUCUCCAAAUCCAUUGAACCAGGUGCAAUGGACUACCGCAUCCGAAGAACUGUGGUUCACGAGCACUUUAAUCUCAAUUCUAUAUCAAAUGAUAUAGCGUUGAUUGAGCUAAAUGGAGUGGGAUCAUCUUUGCCAGGUAACAUAGCCCCCAUUUGUCUGCCCGAUUCGGCGAAAUUCCUGCAGCAGGACUUCGUGGGAAUGAAUCCCUUUGUGGCCGGCUGGGGUGCAGUGAAGCACCAGGGACCCACUUCACAGGUGCUGCGGGAUGCCCAGGUGCCAAUAGUGUCCCGUCAGAGCUGCGAGCAGAGCUACAAGUCCGUCUUCCAGUUCGUCCAGUUCAGCGACAAGGUGCUGUGUGCGGGCAGUUCGAGUGUGGAUGCCUGCCAAGGGGAUUCCGGUGGACCACUCAUGAUGCCCCAGCUGGAGGCCAAUGGGUAUAGGUUCUACUUACUUGGACUGGUUUCCUUUGGCUACGAGUGUGCUCGUCCCAAUUUUCCCGGGGUCUACACAAGAGUCGCCUCCUAUGUUCCUUGGAUCAAAAAACACCUCUCGUUGGCUUAGAACAUGACACAUGUCAAAUUGGACGUCUAUCUUUGAUGUGUCAUCCAAGAUUGAGAGCACUUAACAAACACUUGCAUUAAAAUCCUAAAUCCCAAACACACAUACCCACCGGAAUUUCCUCAAUAAAUUUCAUGUUUUU